CUCUGCGGAGGAUUAUUGUUUAAAGUCGCCAACGUCACUUCCUUCUUCCUCUUCAACGUCCGCCAUAGUCGGGAAAGGACUGUGGGCAAAAUGUCGUCCCACAAGACGUUCAGGAUCAAGCGCUUCCUCGCCAAGAAGCAGAAGCAGAACAGGCCGAUUCCUCAGUGGAUCAGAAUGAAGACCGGCAACAAGAUCAGGUACAACUCCAAGAGGAGACACUGGAGAAGGACCAAGCUCGGCCUGUAAACAAGUAAAUCUGCGGAUCCCAGCAUCUCCAUCCAGACGUCUGCCAGGAACUCCCGCUGCUGGCUUUUGCUGCAGGGAGGGAGAAAUGUCAUCGGGAGCAGCAGUUAUUUUGUACAGAUACUCUGGUUAUGCUCAUGUUUGACAAUAAAAGAUCUGUGUUCAAACUGGAAA